AUGUUUCUACGAGUGCAACUGACGUUUAAUUUGUUUUUAAUAUUCUGUUUGUUUAAAGUUACAACACCAUUAAAUAGGCGAGUAUUCGAAGGUGAGAGUAUACCUCACGAUUAUCAUACUUAUUUAGUUAAGCUGGAAUUCCACGGGAGCGCUCCUUCUCUUGGUGAAUGCAGUGGAUCUUUUAUAAGCAAUUAUUGGCUACUAACAUCUGCACAUUGUAUUGAAACAGAUCUUCUCAGAGUAGAUGUCUUCUUUGCUACAAAAAUAGGCUUGAGAUUAAUCGCCCAAAUAGAGAAACGUGAUGUUUGGCCACAUCCGGAUUACGUAUUAAAUAAAGAUUCUAUAGCAAAUAAUGAAAAGGACAUAGCCCUUAUGUAUUUAAGAGAAUCAAUUAAUUUUAACACAUAUAAUAUUAAUCCUAUUAAAUUAUCCACAAACUACCCUGAAGUUGGUGAAUCGGGAAUUAUCGCUGGCUAUGGAGACGCAGAAGUUUACUCAGAUGCACCUAGAGAAGGAACGGUUGUCAUAACAAAAUGUCCCUUCUUUCAGAGUACGAAUUUAAUCUGUUCUAAUGGUCGAGUGAGAGCAGGAUCAGGGGAUUCAGGAGGACCGCUGAUUUACAAAGGGAACUUAGUUGGUGUAACAUCAGCAGGAUGCAAGGAUCCAUAUAUAAAUAGGAUCUGUUUAACUGUAUAUACUAGUGUAGCUGCAAAUUUCGACUGGAUACGAAAGAUAACUAAUGAGAUACUUUGA